AUGGGUGUAGGGGCUACCCCUACGGGGGAGGCUGACACUCAGCCCGGUGCAGGGGCUACCCCUACGGGGGAGGCCGGCACCGGGAGCGAGGAGUCCGUUGAAACGGAUGAAGAAGAGACGGCGGAGCGAAGAUACCCCGCUAGAGCGAGGCGGGCGCCCGGGGA